CACCUGCCGUCUUUGAAGCGUGCGGAGGUGUCGUUGUCUAAAAGGAAUUCGAAAUGUGCAGCAAGUUGAAAGGAUGGCUGUGCGGCACUGGGCCGCAGGACAGCAUAUUCCGCAGCGAGAAGAUGUCCUUGGGCCAGAUGUUUCUGCAGCCAGAGGCGGCCUAUGAGACCAUCGCGCAGCUGGGCGAGAUGGGCUGUGUGCAGUUCCGUGAUAUGAACGAGGGCGUCACGGCCACCCAGCGCAAGUUCGUCAACGAGGUUCGGCGCUGCGAUGAGCUGGAGCGAAAGAUACGCUAUGCGACGUCAGAGCUGGCCAAGGAUGGCCUGAAGGUGGUCGAUCUGAUCGAAGACUUUCCGCCCGCGCCCAGGCCGAAGGAGAUCAUAGAGCUGGAAUCGUUGCUGGAGAAGACCGAGACAGAGAUCAUCGAGCUGUCCACGAACAAUGUGCGUUUGCAAACGAACUUCCUGGAGUUGACCGAGAUGAUUCAAGUGCUGGAGCGCACCGACUCGUUCUUCUCCGACCAGGAGUCGCACAACUUUGAUGUGAACAAGCGUGGCACGCACCGGGAUCCGGAGCAAUGCGACGGCCGCUUGGGCUUUGUGGCGGGCGUAAUACGCAGGGAGCGAAUGUACGGCUUUGAGCGGAUGCUCUGGCGCAUCUCGCGUGGCAAUGUCCUGGUGCGCAGCUGCGACAUGGAGGAGCCCGUCAAGGAUCCCAAGACGGGCGAGAUGGUCUGCAAGAGCAUCUUUGUUGUCUUCUUUCAGGGCGACCAGCUGCAGGGUCGCAUCCGCAAGGUGUGCACCGGCUUCCAUGCCACCAUGUAUCCGUGUCCCAGCUCGCACCAGGAGCGCAUGGACAUGAUUAAGAGCGUGCGUGUCCGGCUCGACGAUCUGACGGUCAUCAUCAGCCAGACAGAGGACCAUCGCUCCUGUGUGCUGAAGGCCAUCAAGAAGCAGCUGCCCAACUGGACGGUCAUGGUCAAGAAAAUGAAGGCCAUCUACCACACGCUGAACCUGUUCAAUGUGGAUCUGGGCAGCAAGUGCAUGAUCGGCGAGUGCUGGGUGCCCCAGCGCGAUCUUGAGGAGGUGGAGACGGUGCUGUCGGAGGCGUCGCUGGCCCUGGGCAGCACAGUGCCCACGAUAUUCAACAUACUCGAGACGAAGAAGGAGCCGCCCACGUACUUCCGCACCAACAAGUUCACCUACGGCUUCCAGGUGCUCAUCGAUGCCUACGGCGUGGCGGAGUAUCGUGAGGUGAAUCCGGGUCUGUACACGUGCAUCACCUUCCCCUUUUUGUUCGCCGUCAUGUUCGGCGACAUGGGCCACGGAUUCCUGGUCUUUCUGCUUGGCCUGUGGAUGGUGCUGGACGAGAAGCGCCUCAUCAAGAAGCGCGCUGGCGAGAUUUGGAGGAUUCUGUUCGGCGGCCGGUAUAUCAUAAUGCUGAUGGGCAUGUUUGCCGUUUACACGGGCUUCAUGUACAACGAUUGCUUCUCCAAGUCGUUCAAUGUGUUCGGCACGCACUGGGCCAUCCAGUACAAUCGGACGACGGUGCUCACGAAUCCCUCCCUGCAGCUGAACCCGACGACAGACCAGCGCGGCACCUACCCCAUGGGCAUCGACCCCAUUUGGCAGUCGGCCACAAAUAAGAUCAUCUUCCUCAACACCUACAAGAUGAAGCUAUCCAUCAUAUUUGGCGUGCUGCACAUGAUCUUUGGCGUUUGUCUCUCGGUGGAGAAUUUCGUGUACAAAAAGAAGUACUCCUACAUUUUCCUGCAGUUCAUUCCCCAAGUGGUCUUCCUGCUCAUGCUGUUCGGCUACAUGGUCUUCAUGAUGUUCUACAAGUGGGUGCAGUACUCGCCCAGUGCCAAGAACAUUGCCGAUUCCCCAGGCUGUGCGCCGUCCGUCUUGAUCAUGUUCAUCGAUAUGAUCCUGAUGAAGACCGAGGUGCCGGCUGCGGGCUGCAUGCCCACCAUGUUUCCGGCCCAAAGACAGCUGGAGACCAUACUGUUUCUCGUGGGCAUCAUAUGCAUACCCUGGCUCCUGCUGGGCGUGCCCAUUUGGACGAUCAUCAAGCGCAAGUAUAUGAGCGACAAGUUUGAAUAUACGGGCGAUACCAUCAUGGAGACCAUUGAGAUCUCUGGCAAGGAGGUCAUCAUAACAGAGGUGGAGCCGCACAAGCAGGCGCCGGGUGGCCAGGAGGAGGAGGAAGAGGAGGAGCCAAUGGGCGAAAUCUGGAUACAUCAGGCCAUACACACUGUGGAGUAUAUUCUGAGUACCAUCUCCCAUACAGCUUCCUAUCUGCGUCUGUGGGCUCUGUCUCUGGCCCAUGCGGAGCUGUCCGAGGUCUUGUGGACCAUGGUGCUGUCGAAGGCCUUGCAGAUGAGCGGCUGGAUUGGCUGCAUUGCCGUCUUCCUAAUCUUCGCCGUCUGGGUGUUCUUCACCAUUGCCAUCAUGGUCAUGAUGGAGGGUCUGUCCGCCUUUCUGCACACACUGCGUCUGCACUGGGUGGAGUUUAUGAGCAAGUUCUACAGCGGCUCUGGCUACGAGUUCCAGCCGUUGAGCUUCAAGGCCAUGCUGUCCGAAGAAGACGAUGCCUAGCCGCCUCUUAUGUAAUCUUAUUGGGUUACCCCCAUU